UAUGUUAUGAAGCCGGUUGCGUGUGUUAGUGUGUUCCUGGUCGUGCUGUUGCGCUGCUGUUUUGGGCUGGACCCGUACCAAGUGCUCGGCGUGGACAGGUCGGCGGACGAACGGGACGUCAAGAAGGCAUACCGCCGGCUAUCCAGAGAAUGGCAUCCUGACAAGAACAAAGAUCCUGGAGCAGAGCAGAAGUUUAUAGAGAUAAACCAGGCAUAUGAGGUCCUCUCAGACUCAGAAAAAAGGUCCAACUAUGACAACUACGGUGACCCUGACUACCGCGGACCUCUCAACUUUGGCUCGCGCGAUGGUUACCGAGACAACGGCUUCGGCGGGGGGUUCGGACACCCGUUCCACUUCUUCCACCAGCGGGACCCGUUCAGAACGUUCCACUUCCACUACGGGAACCAGGAACACCGGGAGUCAUUCAGGGACAGGGCUCAGGAGAUGCUGGUCACGUUGAACAAGUAUGAGCAGACGGUUCUACCCCAGAGCAGUGUCAAACCCUUCCUACUGGAGGUGUACAAUGACUGGUGCCUGCCCUGUCUGCAGAUAGAGCCAAUCUGGGACAGUCUGGUGGAGGAACUACAGCCCAUGGGAAUCGGGAUGGGUAUAGUAAACAGUGACUUUGCGGCGAAGCUGACCCAGCGGCUGGGUGUGUCCCGCCUGCCUGCCAUCGUGGCAGUGGUAGAUGGAAGGCCGGUCCUGUACACAGGAGUCCUGACCAAGGAGGCCAUCCGGAGAUUCCUGGAGAAACUCCUGCCUGUUAACAUCUUGGAUGUGACUGACUCCAGCUGGAGUGAGUUUGUGUAUGGCUGUCGUCAUGACAACAAGCCCCGAGCCGUGCUGUUCUCCCAGAAGCCCGUCCCGUCGCUGCUGUACCGAGUGGUCAGUUUCGCGUACCAGGAACGUGUGGUGUUCGGCUAUGCCAACACUAAAGCAGCUAACACUCAGACCCUGAGGUUUGACUUUGAUGUGGGAUCAGGUCCGACACUUCUCAUCUUCAAGGAGGACAAGGAUAGCCCUGCUGAUCGACUGGAGACAGGUGAGAUGCAGAAAGGCUCCCUGAACGCCAAAAUCUCCUCCAACCUGCACCUGUUCCUGCCCAGACUCAGCUCUCAGGAUAUCUUCAAUGAAGUCUGUCCUCCAGACACGGCCAACACACCCGAAAGGUUAUGUGCUGUCCUCUUUACCUACAAGGACGCAGACCACGACUUCUUCCGAGACACGUACCGCCAGUAUGCAAGGUCGGCCGAGGAGUUCCAAGGUCGCGUGACCUUCAGCUACCUGUAUGAGAAUACCCAGGGUUCUUUUGCAGACAGGUUUGAUGAGGGACUGGAGGGGGCAUUCGUACCCACAUCAGUCUGUCUGCUGCUGCUGUGGCGUCGUGAGGAGUUCUCGGUGGCGUACGGUUGGCUGCUGAACGGCUGGCAGGGCACCGGGAACGACCACCGCCGCCUCACGUCCGAGCUGCAGACCGUUCUGCAGGGGAAGACGCGACUCCCAUUCAGCGCCAAGAUUCCUGAACUCUACAGGGAGGACCAACCGGCUCUCAUCGUACAGCUAUUCAGGAAACUACAGAACACAUGGUACUUUCUGUGGGACUGGUACCACCACAUGGAUGUUAUAGAGUCCACCAUGGUCAUCUCAGUGCUGCUGACACUCUUGAUGGUAGUUGCAGGGGGAUUCGUUCUGUCCAUGGCAAAUAAGGAGAUGCAGAAUGAAAGAAAACGCGAGAGACGACAGCGAGCGGCUCACAGAGAGAACACUGAUCAGACAGGAGCCAAUCUCAGGAAGAGGAGGUAUCUGGAGUUAGAUGAACUCGUCCCCUCGACCUACGCAAACCUGAUCCUUGACCUUCGACCCGGCCAGCUGACGGUACUCCUGGCUGUGGGGAAGGAGAACAGGGAGGUGCUUCUCAAGGCGUUUGCUCGGGAGGUCUACCCUUACGCAAGGGAGUCGAAAAUCGCAGGUUUCGCGUUCGUUCUCCUGGAGCGAAACCUGCCCUGGCUGGACGAUCUGCUGUGUAACACGGCCGACUUUCCCCCGACAAAAGUCACGGUACGGAACUGCGAGGGAAUCGUCAUCGCGGCCAACGGCCACCGCUUCUACUACCAUGUGUUCUUCCCGAAAAAGUGGCGGAACCACAAGCAGAGGCGGUCCAGGGAUUCGCUAGACGGGGAUUUUGUUGGACUAAACGACAGCACGAGUGAAGAAGAAGAGGAGGAGAAGGGAAUGACAGAUCCAACUUAUCUCCUGAAUGGGUUAAAUUUCUGGAUGGACAGGUUGUUAGAAGGGACAUUGAAAAAAUACCUGACGGAGGGUUGGCCGGAUGUGAGGUGAUGGAGGAAAG